UGCAUGCCCAACGCCAUUUCAACGAACGCUUUUACUCUCCAGAUCUGAAAAAUCUCAAGACACCCUCCCGGCUAACCUGUUCUUCUGACAAGCACACUCACUCACACACACAGUCGUGCACACACUCACACACAAUCGAUCGUGCACGUAACGUUAGCUCCUGCUUGCUUGCACAUGUCCGAGCUGCCAGAUGGGCUCUGCCGCCUCUGCUCGUAAGCGGUUCGCGCCUAGACGGUACCCAAACACAAGAUCGCGAGCGUCGUCUGUAGAAGUCGCUGGUGAGAGUGCCUCUCAUAAUCACAAGAUGCCGCGCACCAAUGGCGCCGCUGUGCCGACAAGCGCGCAGGCGUACUUUGCCGCGCGGGAGGACCUUAUUAAGCUGGAGAAGACGAUGGGGUUUGAGCACGAGUGCCGGUAUCAAGCGACGGACCUGGAGCGCCGGGUAGAUGCCAUCUUGCAGCGCCUUCGAAGGGUAGAUGACGAGACUGUGUAUGCUGGCGCGGCGCCGCGGUCUGAUGAACGAGGUCAGGCGCAUCAGCGCUUUGCGGGCGACCAUUUCCUCUCGAAUGUCGAGCUGAUUGAGCAGACGGCGCUGUUUCGCGUGGCUUCGCGGAUGCCCAAAGGGGCGCAUCUGCAUAUUCACUUCAAUGCUUGUUUGCGGCCGGCGGUGCUGCUGGGCAUUGCGAAGACGAUGGACCGCAUGUUUAUCACGAGUGAUUUGCCGCUUGUCACGGAGUCGGGGUUUGAUAAGUGCGAGUUGCAGUUUUCUAUCCUGAGCCCGGAGAAGGAGGUACCGGGAGAUUUGUUCUCGGCGGCGUACGAGCCACGGCAGACGAUGCGCUUUGCAGAGUUUCUGAAAGUGUUUCCCCAGCGGUAUACGAAGAGUAGUGCGGAUGAUUGGCUGGUGCAGAAGCUUGUGUUUGACGAGUAUGAAGCGCACAACUUUAUGCAGACGGCGUCUGGAGCGUGGAAAAAGUUCAACGGCCGGACCCGCAUGAUGAAGGGCCUGUUUAAUUAUGAGACAGCAUAUAGAGUGUAUACCCGGAUGUGUCUGGAGGACUUUGCACGGGACAAGAUCCAGUAUGCCGAGAUUCGGCCCAACUUUAUGACGAGCAACCAGCUGUACUCGGACGACGGAACCGGGUCAAUCGACAACUGGGGCAUUAUGCGGAUCAUCAUAUCCGAAGUAGAAGCCUUCCAGGCACGAAUGGCCAGCGAAUCCCGCUGCUUUAGCGGCCUCAAGGUCAUCUACUGCACGCCGCGCUCCAUGUCUCGCGAGAAUGUCAAGGCGGCGCUGGCAGAGUGUCUCGACUUUAAGCGCCACUGGCCCCAGUGGAUAGCAGGCUUUGACCUCGUGGGUGAAGAGGCGCGCGGACACCCUCUCAAGGACUUUGUGCCUGAAUUUCUCGAGUUUAAAGAAAUGUGCCGAGUGGAUGGCGUUGAUAUCCCGUUUCUCUUCCACUGCGGCGAAACGCUCGACUUUGGCACAGACACGGACGAGAACCUCGUGGAUGCGCUGCUGCUAAACUCGAAGCGCAUCGGGCACGGCUUUGCUCUGUCCAAGCACCCGCUCAUCAUGCGGCGCAUGCGCGAGCAGGGUGUCUGCGUGGAACUGUGCCCGAUAUCCAACGAGAUACUGGGCCUGACGCCCCGCGUUAGCGGACACUCCAUGUACAAUCUGCUCGCGAAUAAUGUGCACUGCACAGUGAGUUCUGAUAAUGGGACACUCUUCCGGUCGACACUUUCACACGACUUUUACCAAGUCCUCAUUGGAAAGGCCGACAUGGGCCUUUUUGGCUGGAAGCAGCUUGUGAAAUGGAGCCUAGAGCAUUCAUGUAUGAGCGAUGACGAGAGACGGACAGCAGAGACACAAUGGGAGCACAUGUGGAACGAGUUUCUGGCAUGGGUAGACGCCGAGUAUGCGCAUGUGCUGGCUUAGAAGAACAACUCGCGGCGUUCAACACGGAACAGGUUUUUAGAUGGAUGGAUUAUACCCGGAAGCAAUUCCCGCUCGCAUAUUGGCGUUUUGGCGUUGGACUUGACUCCAAAUUCUUUUUGAAAUAAAUCAUGACUUUUAUUUAUAUGUUGCUUUUUAAUGGUCUAAAUGCUGUUAAAAUACCAGAGCAACUCCCUCCCAAAAAAAACGACACUAAAAAAGUAGUCCGUAGACGUGGCAAUAUAAAACAAUGACAAACAGUAUAUAGAAACACAUGCAAAGCAAUGUAGGAGUAAAGAAAUGUAGAUGAAACGGCCCGUUUCGACGCCUGACGAUACAAAGGGAAAGAAAGAACAAAAACCAGUAAAUGUACUUUUUUCUUUAUGCAGCAAGAUGCACAAAUGCAGCAGUAGAUUUAGUCAAAGUAGACGCUCUUAUUGUCGGUAAUGUCGAUGGCGCCACCGCGGAAGCCGUUCUUCUUCUUCUUGUUCUUCUCCUUGGUGAAGCCCUUGCCCUUGGUGACAAUGAGGUCGUUGAAGGCGUUCUGCGAGUAGUCCAUGGGGACGUACUCGUUGGAGGCGAAGCGCGGGUCGACGUAGACGUCCUUGGGGAUGCGCGAGAAGGGCUCGUUUUGCUUGCGCUUGCCAGUGGCAACGGGGACGGGGGGCAGAGGGGGGUUGACGGCGGUGUCAAGCGUCACGGAGGAGUCGGACGAAGUCUUGCCGGACUUGCCCUUGGGUUUGGCGGCGGCAGCUGAGGUGUCGCUGUCAGAGUCGGAGUCGGAGGAAUCAGAGGAAUCAGAGUCGCUGUCGGACUCGGGCAGGGCAACCUUGGCGGCCUUCUUCACUUCAGCGGAGGCGUCAGAGGAGCUGUCGCUGUCAGAGUCGGAAUCGGAAUCCGAGUCAGAAUCAGAGUCUGAGUCGCUUUCAGAGUCGACGUCCAUCUUCUCAGUCUCAGCAACCUUGGCCGUCUUUUGCUUCUUUGUUUGGGGCUCAUCGUCAGACAAGUCCGAGUCGGAGUCGCUGUCGUCAGAGUCGCUGUCGGAGUCGCUGUCGGAAUCAGAGUCGGAUUCAUCACUGCUCUCAGGAGCCUUGCGCUUCAGGUUGGCCGCAGGGGCGAGCUUCUUCUUGGGUGCCUCAUCCUCUGAGCUGGAGUCAGAGUCAGAGUCGUCACUGUCAGACUCGCUCUCAGAGUCGCUGUCGCUGUCCGAGGAGGAGUCGUCAGAGUCAGAGUCGGAGUCGGAAGAGUCCUCCUCGAGCUUCUUCUGCGCAACAGACCACAGCUCAUAGACGGAAGCCAAUGUGUGCUCCUCCUUGCUGUCGGAUGUAGCAGUCCAGCCCUUUUCCUUGCGGUCCUUCUUGAAGGCCUUGAGGGCCGAGCUCAAGGAGUUGCUGCUGAGGAAGCCCUCGACCAUGUCGAGCAGCUGAGCAGGAGGGGCGGCGGCGGCGGCAUCGCCCUUGGAGGAAGAAGAUUUCUUGGCCAUUUCGUUUGAUGGGAUGCCGGAGUUGGUGUUGUUGUUGCGGAAGAGCCACGAGGGUGGUCCUUUUGCCGAAUUGGACAUGUAAAGCAGGUGUUGCGAAGGGAAGAUGAUUAUACAGAACGGCCGCAGAAAGUACAGCUUGUGAAAGGAGUCGGGUGGGCAAAUGCAGGGUGCAGAGUGUCGAAUGCUUCACCGGGG